AUGAUUUCAAAUGUACCUUCUGAAAAUAGUUCAUUUAACGCUCAGCAACCUGAGAUAUCUUUUGCCACAUCGAAUAAAGGUAAUCCAUUAAUAAUAUGUGAUAAUUAUCUAUUUCGAUGUAACAAAACAACAAUCUCGAAAAAAUAUUGGAUUUGUACGGAAAAAGGUUGCAGCGUAUAUAUACAUACAAAUGUUAACAAGGAGUUGAUCUCGAUUAGUGGUAAUCAUAAUCAUUCUGCAAAUCCGGAUCAACUAGAAGCAAAAAUUUUACGAGACAAAAUGAAAGAACGAAUAUUGACUGAAACAACACCCAUAACAAAAAUAUAUGACGAGGAAAUUGUGAAGGCGAAACUUUCAAAAGCAGCAGCAGUAAUUUUACCAACUGUUAUUGAAUAUCGAUCUAAUAUGAGUAAAGCUCGUCGAAAAAUUACACCUGUCAUACCAUCAAGCGUUAUAUUCGAUAUUCCUGAAUCAUAUCAGCAAACACUUUCAAAUGAACGAUUUUUAUUGGUUGAUUUGUUCAUGACACGUGGUAAAGAUCGAAUACUGGUAUUUUCAAGCGAUCAACAGUUAGAAUUAUUAUUCGAAAGCGAAACAAUUUUUAUGGACGGAACAUUUGAUACAACACCACCAAAUUUCAAACAAGUAUACUUGAUACAUGCUCAGAAAUUUGGUCAAGGCUUGCCAGUCGCCUUUUGUCUUUUACCAAAUAAACGUGGAAAAACGUACACUGAGUUGAUUGAACAAUUAAAAGAAAAAGCUAAUACGAUGGGAAAACAAUUUAAACCGAAACGAAUAAUAACAGACUAUGAACCUACUUUAUUACCUGUUGUUGGACAAGAAUUUCCUACGGCAGUUCACUCAGGAUGUAUGUUUCACUUCAAUCAGGCAAUCCAUCGAAAAAUUACAGAUUUAGGUUUGGCGAAUGAUUAUUUACACAAUGGAAGUAUUCGUGAUCAAUGUCGUCAACUAAUGGCCUUAAGCCUUAUGCCGAUUACUGAAAUAGAUAAUCAGUUUCAACGUUUACAAACAAUCAUGGCAACAUCAUUGAGUGAUCUAUUAGUUUACUUCCAACAUCAGUGGAUGCAUGGUGUUGUUCCUAUGCACAUGUGGAAUUUUCAUCAUGUCAAACAUCGCACUAACAACACUUCAGAGGGUAAGAAUAGUCUUAUUUUCAAUUUGCCUCAUCUCGAAGCUUUAUCGCGAAUCAUUCGUAUUUUAGCUUAUAACCUUCGAUUUGCAACUCGAUUGGCACGAAAACACCCAAAUAUUUGGAGUUUUAUACAGUUGAUUAAAAGCGAACAUGUUCGUUUUCAACAUAUUUCAAUACAGCUUGAUGCUGGUGCAUCUGCACCAAAGCAAUCAAAAAAGACAACUGCUUUUCAAAUGAAAGUCAAUGUUCUUCACGAUAGAUUUCUCAAAAAAGAAAUCACCACAAAGGAACUUCUAUCAGGUUUAUCACUAUUGAUUGGAAACAAAAAAAAAUAA